CUAUUCUUUGACUUGGCAAUUUCCACCUUUAAAAGGACGGGCAAUUAAUCCCACGCUACUCACGGAUAGCAUGGAUUGAUUAAAGUAAAAAAAUUAAUUAAUUACGCUGUCACACGUUAAAUUAACAUGGGUAAAACAUCAAAAGAUAAACGGGAUAUUUAUUACCGUCAAGCAAAGGAAGAGGGCUGGCGUGCACGAAGUGCUUUUAAACUGUUGCACAUUCAUGACGCCUAUGGAAUACUAAAUGGUGUGCGUCGCGCUGUCGAUUUGUGUGCAGCUCCUGGAAGCUGGUCGCAGGUACUAUCUCGCAAGCUGUACGAUACGUGCCAAAACGAUGCAGAAAAGUCGGCAACCAAAAUCAUUGCAGUGGAUUUACAGGCCAUGGCACCUAUACGAGGUGUUCUCCAAUUGCAAGGGGACAUUACAAAAGAGAGCACAGCCGAAGCUAUAAUAAGUCAUUUUAGUGCUGAUGGCGAAGAAAAGGCGCAGCUCGUCGUUUGUGACGGCGCUCCGGACGUUACAGGUGUGCAUGAAAUGGACGAGUACAUGCAACACCAACUUCUGGUAUCUGCACUAAGUAUCGCCACUGUGGUACUUGAAUCCGGGGGGUCAUUCGUGGCUAAAAUAUUUCAAGGCAAUGCCACCGGUCUGCUUAGCACACAGAUGAAAAUAUUUUUUAAUAAGUUUGAUAUCUACAAGCCUCCAAGUUCGCGUUCAUCGAGCAUUGAAUCGUUUGUGGUUUGUUCUGAUUUCUGUUUGCCUCCUGGCUAUAUUCCACAAGUCAUUAACACGGCACGAGAUGAUAUACGCGUGCUUGCACAAAAAACAGGGUCCGAUGUGAACCGGCGCCUUGUGCCAUUUAUCGCUUGUGGUGACUUAGAUGGUCCUAAUAACCACUCUGAGGACGAGUCGGAUGCUUCGGGCGAACUUCAGGACGAUAUUAAAUAUGACUAUGACGGUAUUAUGAGCGACGAAAUUUACCCACAGGAAUUUAAGGGAUCAUAUGAAGAACUGAAAAUCAAUCAUACGUCUCGUCAAUAAAUAUAAGGUCUCGGAAUUGAUCUUGUUACUCCAAGUCUCAAAAUUA